AUAACAUUAAUUAUAGUUAUUAAUUACUUAUUAUUAAUCAUUUGUGUUCUAGUAGGGGUAGCAUUUGUUACUUUACUGGAACGUAAAAUUUUAGGUUAUAUUCAGAUUCGUAAAGGUCCUAAUAAAGUUGGCUUUAUAGGUUUGUUACAACCUUUUGCUGAUGCUGUUAAGUUAUUUACUAAAGAACAAACUUUACCUGUUAUAUCAAACUUUUUACCUUAUUAUUUCUCUCCUGUUUUUAGUCUAUUUGUUUCUUUAAUUGUCUGAUUAGUAAUACCUUAUGAACUAGGGUUAAUAAACUUUACUAUGAGUACUUUAUUUUUUUUAUGCUGUACUAGACUAGGUGUAUACACCACUAUAAGAGCUGGAUGAUCUUCUAAUUCCAAAUAUUCCCUUUUAGGUAGAUUACGAGCAGUAGCUCAAACAAUUUCAUAUGAAGUAAGACUUGCUUUAAUUUUAUUAUCUUUUAUUUUUUUAGUAGGGGGUUUUGAUUUAUGCUUAUUUAGACUGUACCAACGUGAUGUGUGACUACUCUGAUUUACUUUUCCCCUAUCUUUAAUUUGAUUUGCCUCAUGUUUAGCAGAGACUAACCGAACCCCUUUUGAUUUCGCUGAGGGAGAAUCUGAACUCGUAUCUGGUUUUAAUACUGAAUAUAGAAGAGGUGGUUUUGCCUUAAUCUUUAUAGCUGAAUAUGCAAGAAUCUUAUUUAUAAGAAUACUAUUCUCUUUAAUCUUUUUAGGAGGAGAUUUAAUCAGUCCUUUCUAUUACUUAAAACUUGUAAUAGUCGCUUUUGCUUUUGUUUGAGUCCGUGGUACUUUACCACGUUUCCGUUAUGAUAAGCUUAUAUAUUUGGCCUGAAAAAGAUUCUUACCUGUUGCUCUAAAUUAUUUAGUAUUUUUUAUAGGGGUAAAAACUAUUUGUUUCAUUUGUAUAUUAUAA